AGGUUACUGAGAGGCGAACACGUAAAGCGGUCUACACCCCAAAGCCGCUGACCCGGCGGCACAGCCCGGCGACUUAGUGCCCGCGGGUUAACCCUUCAGGCUUCAGAAUGUCCAAGCCGAACGACUUUGCCGGCGGCAAUGCCGGCGGCACGACAGCCGCGGCAUGUGGUGUUCUAGUAAUUGCCAAAUACUCGUAGAGAUUGGACGUGUGUGUUUCGAAUAAUUCAGAAGUAGUAUUUUCAGUACCUAAUUGACAUGGAGGAGGACGAUAACAGUGAUUUAAUAAUAGCAGUUUGUGGAGUUAUUAUCGGUGGAUCCCUCAACACACGAAAGUGUUGGGUUAGGCCAAGUUUAAUGAGUCGCAAUAAAUACAGUACUUGUCAAAGAUUAAGUGAUUUAAAGGAAGACGACUUGGUUCUAUACAAACCCAUUUCUUUUAAGACUUUCCUGUCAUUAACCAGUACCGACUUUGAAUAUUUACUGAAUAUUGUUGGACAUAAAAUAGCUAAACAAGACACAAAUUACAGAAAAGCAGUUUCACCAGUAGAAAGAUUGUCAAUAACGUUAAAAUACCUAAGCUCAGGAAAUUCUUUUAGUAGCCUGUGCGACGUCUUUAAAGUAUCUCCUCAACUAAUUUCAAGCAUUAUUCCUGAAGUAUGUGAUGCUUUAGUUGAAGGACUUUCAGAUUAUGUGAAAAUUCCAAGGAGUCAAGAAGGAUGGAGAGAAAUUGCAGAUGAAUAUUUAAAAAGAUGGCAAAGACCCAAUUGUCUUGGAUCAAUGGAUGGGAAACACAUAAAACUUCAAUGUCCCCCAAAAAGUGGAAGUGAUUAUAUAAACUAUAAAAAAUAUUUCAGUAUUGUGCUCUUUGCUUUAGUAGAUGCUGAUUACAACUUUUUGUACGCUAAUGUGGGAUGUCAGGGUCGGAUUUCAGAUGGUGGGGUUUUUAAUAAUUCAGCAUUAUGUCGAUUGUUAAAUGAUAAUGAAUUGAAUAUACCACAUAAAACCCCUUUACCCGGAAGGAAUCUACCAGUAUCGAAUUUUUUUUUGGGUGAUGACGCGUUUCCUCUGCAACCCCAUAUUAUAAAGGCUUAUGAUGGUAAUCACACAAUGGGAUCAUCUAAGAGGGUUUUUAACUAUCGCGUAUGUCGAGGGCGAAGAGUAGUUGAAAACGUGUUUGGGCAGUUAACACACAAAUUCAAGAUUUUUCAUAGACCUAUUCAGCUAAUCCCAGAAAAAGCUACUACUGUAACUUUGGCGUGUAUACAUUUAUUUAAUUAUAUCAAACGAACCGCUGCAACUCAGCAAAACGAAUACGAUACUGAAAAUAAUCAAGGAGAAGUCUUUCCCGGUGAAUGGCGUAGACAUCUUGAAAACGACAGUUGCUUAGAUAAUAUGUCAGGAGAAGACAAUCAAACCUCGGAUACUACAGUGACCGCUGAGGAUACAAGAGUGGAGUUGACUGAUUAUUUUCUUUCUAGUGUCGGAGGAUUAGAAUGGCAAUAUAACCAAUAAACGCCCAUUAGUCGAAUAAAAUUAAAACUCAUAUAAUCAAUAUUAUUUUUAAUCAUUAAGUAGUUCCAUGUAUAAUCCAUUAAAUCUAAAAUCGUAAAUUACACAUAGUGAGAUACACUUUUAUUGUGAUUCGUAGAAUAAAGUUUUAAACAAAAUAAGAAAUGUGUUUUUGUAAACCAAUAACAUGAUAUUAACUAUUGGUAACAGUAGAAGUGUCACUAAACUAAAAUUAAAACCUGGCUAUUCCUUUCGCACAUAUGUCAAGGUCUACUCGUGUGAAGGGAAUAGUCAACACUAAUUUUAAAUUUAACUUUAAUGGGGCUACCUAUAGCUACCUUUAUUAUACCAAAAAGAAAAUUAAAUAUUUAUAACAUAUUUUGAACAUUACUUUAUAACACUAUCAGAAGGAUUUAGAGCUAGGUAUUCUUCAGCAAAUGUUUCUAGUGACGAAGGUUGAAUUGUUUGUGGAUCUGGGUUUGUUUGGGCAGAGUAUUCAGAAGAAGUUAAGUUAUUUGUAGAAGGGCUUACAACCGUCUGUUGAAGUGAAGAUGCUGUAUAGUAUCCUGGAUGACUGUGUGAACUAGAAACACUACUUGGUCUUGCAAAAUCCGUAAAUGUAUCGGAUCUAUAUCCAGUUUCGGCUUCAAAUAUUAUAUUGUUGAUCCGAUGUCUCACAAUAGCUUUCAUUUGUCGGUCCAUUUGUCUUAAUUGACCCGCAAUAUAAUCUCCAACUAACCAUCCUCAUCUUUUGUCACAUUUGGUCGUUGGGAGACAUUCUUCAUAAUAUUCAAUGCUUCGGAUAUCAACUCUUUAUUAGGGUUGAUUUUAGGACGUUUAUUUCGUUGCCAAGUUGUAUUUUCUGGCGACAUCUGUGGUAAAUCAUUUUGAUUUGAUUGUGAAUCUCGUUGUGAAUUGUGGCUCGUCGACGGUGUGUCCUGCGAAAAAAGGCACAUUUUUGUUCUGCAGAAAAUUUAGUGAUUUGUAGGCAAACCAUUUACUAUGAUAAAUAUCAUCAGUACCCGCACCAGACUUAUUUGAAUUAUCUUCUUUUUUUUUCUCUCGGUAAUAAUGACUAGUUAAAUUUUUUAUCUUUCUCUCGAUUUCCGGAACAUCAGUAGCAAAUUCACUGGCAAUUUCAUUAAAUGCGUCGUAACGCUUUGGCCGGCUUUUGUAGUCACGGUUUUUUGGGUUCCAUAAUAUUUCUUUUAAAUGAUAGAGGUCUAUUAGUUUUAUAACUGUUGCAUCGUCCCACUCCAUAUUGGUUAGUUGAUACAAAAUAAAAGUGCCGACACUUCACAACAACAGAGAAUGAAUAAGUGAUACGUCACUACUCUAUGAAAGCCGGCGGGCAACUGACUGAGUGAGUGGAGAGGGAUGCCGUCGGCAUCGGCAUGCUGCCCCGCCGGCUUGCCCGCGCGGGCGCAAGCCGGCGGCAUGAUUGUACGAAAUAAGGACGGCGGGUUGGGCCGC